CCCGUGAUUGUCAGCAAAGCGUCAGACACUUGUGUUGACCGCCUGCCGGGUACGGACACCCCGCCUUUGUUGCAGGAAUGUGGCAGCCGCUCUGCAAUCCACCGCAACCAUUGACCAUUGUUGAUCUGGCCCAUGGCAGAGAGUGUUUGCAGACAAGACACACUGACAGCUUCGGUGGUCUGGACUCUCUUCGACACGUCUUGCAAGAAGAGUCGUCUGGCAUUGUUGACAUUGCACAACACCCUUGUCUUAUUCAGAGACCCUUUAUUGACCGUUCACCCGGUGCAGUGUGCACACGAUGUCGCCCGAUAUCAACUCGCUGUCCCCGACCCGGUCCACUUCGUCUUCCCCGCGUCAACAUCGGCCGCCCCCGACAUUGUCCGACCCCUUAUCGUCGCCGCAUUCUCAGCCAGGCCUCCUUUCUUCAGCUCUGGCCAACAUGGAUCACGCUCCCUUAAACAACCAUCACAACGCCAUUGCCACCGAGCUGCCCCAUCGACCCUCCCAGAAUCAUCGCUCAAGCAUGCCAGGGUCGGAACGUCGCCGGUCCGCUGCCGGUUCCAGCUCAAUCCUGAACAAUGGCAAUAACAGCGCUAGCGACUCGGCCCCCGGGGAACCGCCCCUGACCCCCCACGAGCAUCGGUCCUCCCUAGGCCAUAAUGGGCUGCACACCUCCAGUCCAUACAACAACACCGGGGCCAACCCGACCGUUGCCACUGGGGACCCGCAUCAUCAGCGUGCGCCGUCGCUGGGGGAGCUCCAUCAGGAACUAGAACAAGAACAAGAAGCACAAGUGAACCGACUUUUACACAUGAUCCGCAGCCAGCAAGCUCAGCUGCAACAUCUCCAACAGCAACAGCAACACUCGCAGGCGGUUGUGGACGACUCCGGGCCUCCUUCGGAACGGCUUACCCCCUUCCCCCCAAUCCCCCCGCUCCCCACAACCAGUAGUCGGGCGUCAACUCAGCUGCCUUCAUCCCUGUCUAGCCGACGACCUUCCCGUCCGUCUAGUCAAGCCGCUUCGCCCAACCUCCGACCGCUGAUUGAUCCGUCUAGCGGGCCAGAGGGACCGGAUUGGACUGCGGGUAUUGGUGAGAGCACUUUCCGGCGGGGGAGUAGGGAUGAGAGCGCAUUCUACCAGGCGGAGGCUGCCAUGCUGACGCGCGAAAACCAUAUGCUCCGACAACGAAUCCGCGAGUUAGAGCGCCAGGUUCGUGAGUUGGCCUCUGGCGCCCGAUCAAGUGAGAUCCCUGCGGCACCUACCGUACAAGGAAUCGAAACUGUAGAUCAACAGGCGUCCACGGAAGUGGGAUCAGCAAAUGAGUCGUCAGACAAGACCUGAUUGACUCGAGGCCACAUGGAAGCCUCCUUGACUGCGGACGGUUCUCCAGAUCUGCAGUGAUCGACAUGUUCUUGUGAUUGAAACCAAGGUCGAUGUUUGGACGAGGGCUGAUGCAAAAGCCCUCGAUCACCAAAGUGUAGCGGCUGUGCGGGUUAUACGAAGCAUACUUAAGGGAUUCCACGGUACACAUCCGCCGCCAGCCGCGUGCUCUGGUCAGGUCAGG